AUGCCAUCGAAAUACUUCCGGCUGUUCCGGAAAACACCUCGACUAUCGAAACCAUUCGACCCGCUGAUAGAGUCUGAAAUUCCAGCUAUUGAUGAAUCAGAUGCCACGUCAUCAGCGAUGACGUCAACAUCUCGAGGAUAUCAGCGAGUUGACUCGAGUGAUGUUGGCAGUCUUCUUAUGGAGGAGGGUGAUAAUCCACACGAAGCGUUGCUUCAUCGUAACAAUGAUGAUUACGCAUCCACAUACCAUCACGUAGGCGUCGAAUACGACAGUUAUGAAGAGUUGGAACGGCAUGAAAUGGACGAUCGGGUGGCUGAGAUUCCAGAAGGAUUCCAUAGGCGGCAGCGGAGGAGGGUGACAAGAGCCGGAUUGGGACGAGCCGAGUAUUAUGAAGAUAAUCAUAUUCAUAGUUGUGAUAAGGAGGACUUACCGGAGAACCCUCAUGUGUGUCCGUAUGCGAAGAAAAAACGCCGACGAAAAGUGUACAUAGAAAAUGAAGAGGUUGAGCUGGAAUUAGAGCUCAGUCUAAUUUCAGCAAUGGUUAGCGGUCAUGAAGAUAUCGACGAUGAGAGUGAUGAUGAGAGUAAGGAUGAAGAUGAGGAAGAAGAGGAAACAGGGAUACGGAAGUUCGCCAAACUAGUCCUCCCCCACGUGGCACUCGUAUUACUGACAUGCACGUAUACAGUAAUCGGAGCAUUGAUAUUCUACAGUGUAGAACAGCCACACGAGCAGAUGAUGAAAGAGCAACAGUUGAAAAUGUACAGAGGGUGUCAUGGUAUCACUGAUUGUCACACCGAGUAA